UCAAGAAGAGCAGGAUCACCGUCGACGGAGCGAGAUCGAGAGAGGGACUCCAAAAGUCGCCAUUCGUUCAUCCCAAUUCGAAAGCCAUGGCGUUCGCAAUGGACUCAUGGAUGAAAGAAUUCAAUGAGGCUUCCAAGUUGGCUGAUGAUAUUAGUACCAUGAUCUCUGAGAGGAAAUCUUUGCUGCCGUCUGGGCCUGAAACUCAACGUCAUACAUCUGCUAUUCGGAGGAAGUUAACGAUACUUGGGACUCGACUAGAUACAUUGGAUUCCCUUUUAUCGGAUCUUCCUACUAAGCGAGCAAUAACAGAAAGGGAGGUGCACAAGCGUGAAGACCUACUUUCAAAUUUGAAGUCUAAAACUAAGCAGAUGGCGUCCACAUUGAAUAUGUCAAACUUUGUUGACAGGGAAGACUUGCUUGGACCAAGUAACAGGUCAGUUGAAGAGAUAAACAGGAUAGCGGGAUUGGAUAACACUGGUAUUGUAGGCUUGCAACGUCAAAUUAUGAAAGAGCAAGAUGAGGGACUUGAGGAGCUGGGGGAGACUGUUUUAAGUACAAAACACAUUGCAUUGGCAGUUAAUGAAGAGUUGAAUUUGCACACAAGGCUCAUUGAGACCUUGGACCAACAGGUGGACGUGACAGACUCACGGCUUCAGCGGGUGCAAAAGAGACUUGCAAUUCUCAACAGGCGCACAACCGGCUGUUGCUCUUGUAUGCGUCUGCUCUAUUCCGUUGUUGCCAUAGUGAUUCUGAUCAUCAUCGCCUCGGCUCUCAUGAAAUACUUGUAAAAAAAAUAAAAUUAAUAAACACAAACUCACUGUGCACUGUAUUCUCAUCUGGUGUGGAAAAAAAAAAAACUAGUUGUGCAGUAUUCCUUGUGAAUCUGCUUGUGUUCAGUGUGUACUUCCCCUGUUUUCAUCUGGACAGACAUGUAAAAAACUACUAGACUUCCUCACAGCAAUGCAUUGUUCAUGUUUUUGCAA